AUGCCGGUGUGUACAUCCUGUCAUCAAACUAAGCAAGACGAGGCUUUUUUCCACAAAAACAAAAAGUGGAAGACAUGCCAAAGUUGUAUCGAACAAAGGGCCCUCAAAAAACAAAAAACGAAAAGAAAAUGCGAGGACGAGGCUGUUGAGGAAGAGCCCUUACGAGUUUCUCUUAGAACUGUAGGUCUCAUGGAUUUGGCAGCCCUCGUCUCUGCCGAAAUGCGAGCGUUAAUUAAUAACCCGCCUCCUACUGCUCCUGACGGAACUCAAAUUUGUUCUUUAGACCUUCGAGUGGCCCUUAACCUCGCUAAUACUAUUUCUGGUAACGAACAUCCUAAAGACAUUGCCCGUUGGAUUGUGGAAGAAAUAGAAAGAGCCGAUGAAUAUAAUUGGACUCAAUCCGUGGUUGCUAUGAAAGAAUACAAAGAAGGUUCAAAUAGGAAACGAAUGGAACGAUUUCCUUGUCAAGGGAAGAUGCAGAUGAAAAUCGAUAUGCCUGCUGCCGAAGCAAUGUUAGAGAUUCAUCACGGUCUCCUUCAUAAUAGGCCAGUUUCUAAUUCUGACAUUAGUGACGAAUGCAGGAAGGAAAUUGAGGAAAACACUCAUUUGAAUCCUAUUCAAUUACGCCAAUUACUGAGAAGUAAAGGGAUCAUGAAGAAUUAUACUCCUCGGCAAAUUCACUCAUAUUGGGAAAGAUUUGCAAUCAACAAACACCCGGAACUUGUUCGUCAGUUUUCUGUUAUUCCCGUUAACACUCCCAAUAUUCCAGGAAUUACAACUAAUACACCCACACAAGACCGUAAUCCACCCUAUACCAUUUUACCAACAUUAUCUUAUGGAGCCACCGGUUUGCCAGCCUCGAUUGUAAAUAAUCCUUUACCAAAUUCUCUGCAGAAGGGUGUAGUUGAUCAAAUGCCAAAAUUAGGAAACCAUUCGUUUAAUCACGAUGAAUUUGUAGAAUAUGUUACCAAAAUGGAGCAAUUUGCCAAGAGGGUAAGAAAUCAAUUAGAUCGACGGAAUUAUCUCUGGUUAGAUACUGUAAAAAUAUUGACCGCUGGUGUAAUUGAAAUGGAGAAUGACAUAGAGGAAUUGGAGAGACAACGAGCUAGCGAACGAGCUACCAAACCAUGGACAAUUCAUUAUAAAUAA